ACGCCCCGCCCUCCCCGGCCCGUUGCACGGGAGCGCGGCCCGGCCCGGCCCGAGGAUGCGGGAAGGGUCGGCGCUGCCCGGCGCCCCCGGCGCCGCCGCCCCGGUGCCCGGUUUUCUGGCUAAGCUCUGGGCGCUGGUGGAGGACCCGCAGAGCGACGACGUCAUCUGCUGGAGCAGGAAUGGCGAGAACUUCUGCAUUCUGGAUGAGCAGAGGUUUGCCAAGGAGCUACUCCCCAAGUACUUCAAACACAACAAUAUCUCUAGCUUCAUACGACAGCUUAACAUGUAUGGUUUCAGGAAGGUGAUUGCUCUGGAGAAUGGUAUGAUUACAGCAGAGAAAAGCUCAGUCAUUGAGUUCCAGCACCCUUUCUUCAAGCAAGGGAAGGCACAUUUACUGGAAAACAUCAAGCGCAAGGUAUCUGCAGUAAGAACUGAGGAUCUCAAGGUCUGUACGGAGGAUUUGCACAAAGUACUCUCUGAAGUCCAGGAAAUGAGAGAGCAGCAGAACAACAUGGAUGUCAGACUGGCUAACAUGAAGAGAGAAAAUAAGGCCCUGUGGAAAGAAGUGGCAGUUCUAAGGCAGAAGCACAGUCAACAACAGAAGCUGCUGUCUAAGAUUCUUCAAUUUAUACUAAGUUUGAUGCGAGGAAAUUACAUUGUUGGGGUCAAAAGAAAAAGGUCUCUAACGGAUGCUGCAGGUGCUUCACCUUCCAAAUACAGUCGUCAGUAUGUUCGCAUACCUGUGGAGAGUGGCCAAGCAGUGGCUUUUUCUGAACAUGAUGCAGAUGAUGAGGAUGGAAAUGGUACAGGUCUCAUCAUUCGAGAUAUCACUGAUACCCUGGAAAAUGCCACCGAUGGUCUCCUUGCUGUAGCACACACAAGUGGCAGAGCCAGAGAGACACAGGCAGCUCUGGAUCCUGGCUUACCUAUUUGUCAAGUAUCGCAGCCAAAUGAGUUAAACUGUGCAGAAACUAUCCCACCAGUUCAUAUAAAUGAUGUCAGCAAAUCCAGUGAAAUAGGAAAUGUUGCUGUGGAACUCCAUGCUGCACAACCUAAUGCUCCAGAAGACCCUGUGUCAGUGAUUGACUCCAUCUUGAACGAGAACAACUCUGGAAACCAAAAUGAUCCUUUACUGGACAGGGAAGAAAUUCAGGAUUUUCUUAAUUGCAUUGAUGCCAGCCUUGAAGAGCUUCAAGCAAUGUUAUCUGGGAAGCAGUAUAACUUUGGUUCUGAAGCUUUCAGCGAUACGCUUAAUCCUGAGCUGCCAGCCCUGGACAUGAGCUUGAUGGAAACUUCCCCUGGUAUGGAAAAUAUUGCAAACUUGGCAGAGAGCACUGAAGAUCUGGGAGCGAGAGAGAGAGAAACAGCCGGAAGCAAAGAUAUGCAGCUGAUAGAGUACAGGGCCAAUCCUCUGCUCUCAUUAUUUGAAGAACUACCUUCAAGUGAAGCUGCAGGGAAGACAGAGGAUCCAAAAGACCUUCUGCUGCCCCCCCUGGAGGAGAAACCUGCUCUUCAUCCUCCCUCAGGUAGUGGAACUGGCUUGCCGCUAGCAGCUCCAGCAAGCCAGGCUGAGCCUCUGGAUGCUCUGGGAAUGGGUGAUCCACCUCUCCUCUCGGAAGAUGGGAACGGAGAGUAUAAACUGUUUCCACUCUUGCUCCUCAGUCCUGUUGCUAACUUCAUAGAAGAGGCCUCUGAGAUAGAAACUUCUUGAACUCACAUAACAUCUGUAACUGGCUUAGUGGUGUGAAUAGACAACAAGAAAUGGAUCAGCAAGAAGUUUGACCUCUCUCCUCACCUACUUCCUGGGUGUCAUAGUCUGUAUAGACAAAAGAACGUUCUCUUUCUUACAAGCAAAGAGCACAUCUGGAAAAACUGAAAACAGGCUCAAAACAAGAGCUGGUGGGAGUGAAGGCAGUGGGCAGAGGAGAAGAACAAUGUCCCUGUAAACAUACCGCAAUGUAUUCCGUAACUUUUUAUCCGAUACCCUUAUUGCAAGAGGAGAUCUGUUUGUAUCCUGUUUGUAAAGUUUGGCUGGGGUUUUUUGUUGUUUGGUUUUUUUUAAUUAGCUGGAUAGUAAUGUGGUAUGUAAUAUUUUAAACAUGAGUUUUACUCUUUCUGAGAGCCUGUUUCAAUAGGUGGCUUGUCUACUGUUUGAAAUUAAGAUUUUUUUUUUUUUUAAUUUUGUUUUUAAUUUGAGAUUUCUUUUUUGAUAGUUUGUGGCUACAAUUGUUUGCAUCUGCUUAGAUCACUUUCGUACUCCUAGAUUUGCUCCUAGGUACAGGGAACAUUUUUCCUAUGGAAAAUUACAUUUUAACUGUGGGAUAUUACUUUUUAACAUGCUAACACACAUCCAUUGCCACGGAUUGUAGGUGUUGUGGUAGGAAGUGCUUGCCACCCUGCGUAAUGCUGAUUUCUCAUGCACAUUGCAUGGCAGUUCUUCUAGGGUAACUUGCACCUAGCUCACAGGUCAUGUGUCCUCAGAAAUUUUGAGUAGAACUGAUUCAUGUCUAGCAAGUCCAGCAGCUGUCCUUUAAAAUGAGAAGGGAAAAGAAGAAAAAAAAAAAAAAAAAAAGAAAAAAAAAAGGGAGUCAUGGGGUAACUUGCAUUGACAUAGGACAUCACAUUGAGAUUUCUCUUCUGCUUGCAGUAGCUAUUUGUUUGCCUGACCCUAUAUGAACACUGGACUUCUUGCUGCAUUUUCUGCUUGUGGAAUCUUAAAGCUAAAUUAACUAGAUGCAUUUGAGUUCUUUGACAGCAAAUUACAAAAACUAGUGUCUGCUUAAUCAAAAAAUCUUUUCUCAAAAUCCCUUUCUACACUGUUUUCCUAACUUCUUUGAGCAGCUGUCAUGUAGACAUCAGCCCCUGGUGUCAGUGGAAUAGCAAGUUCUCCUUCAUUGAUACCAAGUUUGUAGCAGUCUACCACUAGCCCACACAAACCUGAAAUUUGCUGUAGCGAUACAAAACUGUUGGGGCUAGAAGAUGCCUGGAGGCAGGUAGAAAACCCGUUGUAUAAUAUCACGUGAUAUUUCCUACCAAUGCAAUUACUUGCAGUUUUUUUCAGGUUUAGGAAUUCAGGCUACCUACAGGCUUUGUUCUCUCCGAAGUUUCUGAAGUACUAAGUUUUCAGUUCUUUUAUAUUAAAGAAUCCAAGGUAAUUUGAUAUUCUGAAGCCUACUAGAUAAUGCAUGUUAUCUGUGCUGGCCUUGCUUAACUGGAUUUGUGCUUCAUUGUCAAAUCUUUUGAGUUGCAGAGGAGGAUCUUGCUACUGAGUGUGUGUAUAUGUGUAAUGCCUUCACAGUGUCAUUUUAUUCCUGUGCUGCUGUAACUGUUCUUUACCUCGUGAUCCUUCAUGUUUGUAUCUUUUGAAUUGCCUUUUGUCAAGUGUGUCUUAUUCUAGCCUUUUUUCGUCUUUCUUUUGCUUAUUUCUUGAGACAAAGGGCUGAAUAGUCUGAAGGUUUUGUGAGCUAAAGGGAGAGGAGGAAAUUAGUGAAUUGUGUCUCUGUCUUGGGUUCUGUUGUUUGGGUUUUUUUAUUUCUUCCCCAAGGGCCUCAAUUUUGCCAAGAGUGAAACAGCAAACUUUUCUGUGCUGUUUUGACAGCACAGUGCAGACAACAAAGUUCUUGUGAGAGCUACAGAAGAUCAGCCUCUCACUCUGAACAGGUUAGACUGAAGUGUAGUUCCUGUUAUGGGUUACUGUCAUGUUCUUCCGUCAUGGAGUCCUCUGAUCUCAGUGCAUCUCACCAUCAGAUAUUUGAUCUGAUUGCAUAAUAGCUUUUUAAUACACUUUCUCUCUUAAGAAGUUAAGAAACCAAGGCUUAAGAAAACUGCAAAUAAAAACUUGUGUAUCUGUGUCUGGUUUAUGUACUGGUCUAGGAAAAGUGUUUAUGCAAGUUUACUGGGAAAGAUUGCAAUGGAAAGGGGAAGGCUGAAUAGCAACAAAAACCUACAUGCUGAAGUAAUUAAACUCCACAAUUGCAAAACCA